AGAGAUAGCCAAGUCUUUAGAGAAGUUGCCAUACAUAAUGUUCUCCAAGUUAGUUACAAAAAUCACUGGGUCCAUAUUAAAACCUUCAAGGGUGAAGAGGAUGAGGAUCUAGUUGAAUGGGUUGAGGCCUUCGAAAGAGCUGCUAAUGCCAACAAUUGA